AUGUGUAAAAGGGAUAGAAGUUUAGUGGAAAUUAAGUUUGAUCUACUGGAAAACAUAUUAAUGUCAUUGGGUAAAACAGCUCUUUUGUUCGUUGCAAAUGGUUCAGAAGAAACUGAAGUUGUUGCAACAGUUGACACUUUACGCCGUGGUGGAGUAAAUGUUACAAUAUGCAGUGUUGAAACAAAUGGGACUGAACCUGUUAAAUGUGCUCACAAUGUUCAAAUUGUUCCAGAUAAAAAUAUAAAAGAUAUUUCUGGCCAAUAUGAUGCCGUUAUUGUUCCAGGAGGUAAUGAUGGUGUAAAACAAAUUUCAUCUAACACAAAAGCUGGUGAAAUAUUGAAAGAUCAUUACAAAUCAAAGAAAUUAAUUGCAGCAAUUUGUGCAGGUCCUAUCGCUUUAAGCAAACAUUUGGAUGGUAAAGAUUUGAAAAUGCAUGAAAUAACAUGUUAUCCAGAUGCUGAAAGUUCCAUGCAAGGAAAAGUAAAAUCGAUUUUAUCAAAUUCACCAGUUGUUCACAGUUCAGUUAACGAUCAUCAAAUUGUUACGAGUCAAGGUCCUGGUACAGCCAUACAAUUUGGACUAAAGAUUGUUGCUUUAUUACAAGGCGAUUCGAAAGCAAAGACUGUCAAAGAAAAGCUUAUUGCUUAA